GUCCUCAGCUGAUAGAGUCCUAGGGAAUUUAGGGUGUCGGGGUGUCACAGUGGGGAGGAGGAGAACGUUACCUGGCGCGUGGAGGCCAACUGAUCCGGAGGUUUCGCGGUAUUGUGCCACUUUAUGUACGAAGGCAUGGAGAGUACCGUGAAAUGUGGCAACCGAGAAAGCCAGUUGGGUGUGUAAAUCCAAGUUUUUCUGGAACUGGAAUAGAAGUAAACUGAAAUAAUCUGACAGGACUCCCUACAUCCACUCCUUCCAUUUUUUCUUUUACACGCUGCAGUCAGCAUAAGCCCUUAAAAACACGAAUUUGAUGCUGUCGCCUCCUGCUUAAAACCAUUUGAAGUUUAAGAAGAGGAUUUCCAAUACCCUGUCUUUUUCUACUCUGGAAGCCGCAGUAAAGGAAGUGAAUUGAGGGGAAGCUGGGUGGGCAUAUUUGAAGAACAGGUGCUUAGCCGAUCUAUUGAAAGUUUUGUGGGGCACUUGACCAGCUGUGGCACAUGCUGGAAAGUCAGUGGUGGACAAGAUCAAGCCCCUGGUCUCCGAGGUAGAUAUGGAGAAAUACAUUUGAAAUUGAAGUUUGCUGCUAAAGAUGGCAGAUCCAGAUGUCCUCACUGAGGUUCCUGCAGCAUUGAAGCGGCUAGCCAAGUACGUGAUCCGGGGAUUUUAUGGCAUUGAGCAUGCUUUGGCCUUGGACAUCUUGAUCCGAAACCCCUGUGUGAAAGAGGAGGACAUGCUGGAGCUUCUCAAAUUUGAUCGGAAGCAACUUCGAUCAGUCUUGAAUAAUUUAAAGGGAGACAAGUUCAUCAAGUGCAGAAUGAGGGUAGAGACUGCUGCAGAUGGGAAAACCACUCGCCACAACUACUACUUCAUCAAUUAUCGUACUCUUGUUAAUGUGGUAAAAUAUAAAUUGGACCACAUGAGAAGGAGGAUUGAAACUGAUGAGAGAGAUUCCACCAACCGGGCUUCCUUCAAAUGUCCUGUCUGUAGUAGUACUUUUACAGACUUAGAAGCUAAUCAGCUCUUUGAUCCCAUGACAGGAACUUUCCGCUGUACCUUUUGCCAGACAGAGGUAGAAGAAGAUGAAUCAGCAAUGCCUAAAAAAGAUGCACGCACACUUUUGGCAAGGUUUAAUGAACAAAUUGAGCCUAUUUAUGCCUUGCUUCGAGAGACAGAGGAUGUAAACUUGGCCUAUGAAAUACUUGAACCAGAACCUACAGAAAUUCCAGCUCUGAAACAGAGCAAGGACCGUGCAGCAUCUGCUGCUGGAGCUGCUGGCCUGGCAGGUGGGCACCACCGGGAAGCGUGGACCACCAAGGGUCCCUCCUAUGAGGACUUAUACACUCAGAAUGUUGUCAUUAACAUGGAUGACCAAGAAGAUCUUCAUCGAGCCUCACUAGAGGGGAAAUCUGCCAAAGAGAGACCUAUUUGGUUAAGAGAGAGCACUGUCCAAGGAGCAUAUAGUUCUGAAGAGAUGAAAGAAGGCGGCAUAGAUAUAGACUCAUUUCAGGAGCAUGAAGAAGGCCACGCAGGGCCAGAUGAUAAUGAGGAGGUCAUGCGAGCGUUGCUUAUUCAUGAGAAGAAGACCCCGUCUGCCCCUGCAGGUUCAGUGGGGGCGGCUGCUCCCAUGACUGCUGCCAACGGCAGUGACUCUGAGAGUGAGACCAGCGAGUCAGAUGAUGACUCUCCACCCCGUGUGGCCACUGUGGCUGCACAUCAUGGGGAAGAGGAUGAGGAAGAUGAUGAAUUUGAGGAAGUAGCAGAUGACCCCAUUGUCAUGGUGGCUGGCCGUCCGUUCUCCUAUAGUGAAGUGAGCCAGAAGCCAGAGCUGGUGGCCCAAAUGACACCAGAGGAAAAGGAAGCAUACAUAGCAAUGGGACAACGCAUGUUUGAGGACCUCUUUGAGUGAGCUUUCCCUACCUUUUCCUCCUUUCUCUAAUGCUCGUUUCAAAAAGAGAUUUCUUACCUUUGAAGAAAUGUGUUUAAUGGCUUUCUGCCCCUCUUGAUGUAAAGCAACUGUUAAUCUUGUGCAAACAAUAAUGGGAGAGAAAGUUUGAUUAUCCUAUGCCAGAAACUUCCCCCACAAGGUAGGUUAGCUAUAAGCAUUCCCUUUCCUAUUACUACAGUAUUAAUAUUUUGCUGUAUUCCCUUAUCUAAUCUUUUUCCUUUCCUUUUUAAGACACAUUUUUCUCCCUUCUGAAAUGAGUGCGACAAAUCUAUAAGGUAAUUCUUCCUGUCUGCCUGUAAGAAGCCCAUUAUGAUAGGUUACAGUUUCACUGAUCACAUCCUUUUUAUCUGUUCUGACCAAGCAUUCCUAACAGCCCCUGAUAUUGCUGCCAACCAAGCACCUUCACAACAGGCAAGUCACUGAUGUAGGAAAGAAAAUCUUAAAGCUUCACAUUGCCUCAUGGUUGAAGAUGGAGUCAUUGUAUAAGGGGAGAUGAGAGUAUGUGUGGAAGGAGGAUGGUUAUGCCUAUAUCUCAUGAUUAAUAUGUAAACCAAAAUUGGUGUGUUUAGAACUGACUUGACUGACAGAUGUUUUGCUUACUGCCUUGUGGUUUGUAUAUUGGAUAAUAGAAAACAGAAAGUGUGUUUGGAAAGUCCUUAGGAAUAAAUUAGAGAAAAAAAAACGUGGGCUUAGGAUAAGGAGUCCACGUAAAGUAUUGAAGAGUUGAGAGCAUUGGAAACAGUACCCUUUAAAAUUGUAUGAAUUUGUGCUGAGACUGGUACCCUUCUUUUUUCAGUUCUUCCACAGUGCUGUAAAUUGUUUAAAGAGGUCAUCGUAGCAGAAAUCAGCAUAUAACAAUUGAUUGCUCCUUUAUUUUUUUCUCUCAACCUUUUUGAAGGCCUUCUUUGUCUCUUUUGAUUCUUGUCAAGCAUGGUAUUUUAGAGUGCAUCCAGUAUAUUGUUGAGCAUUGUAACCUCAAGGAAAAUAGUUUAUUUUUCGUUCUGAUAUGUAGCAUGGAAUUAUUCCCAAAGGCAGAACUUUAAAGAACUUUCAUACAAGGGUCUACAGUUGUAUUUUUUAUAAUAUUUUCCCUUGCAUUGUCAUUUUUAGGUGUUUAUCAUUUUCUAGUACAUGUGUAAAGUUAAGAUAGAUUUUAGAGCAUCUGAGCCUUGUGUGAAGUAAUGUUUCGUUAACCUGGGUUGUAUGAAUGACUGAAUAUUGACAAUAAAUCUAUUUUAUACUGACUGAAAUUUGUUAAUUUCUAGCUCUGUAACAUCUUGGAGCAUAAUUAAAAUGAAUACUUUUCCCAAUGAA